AUGUCGCCUUUACUCCCCCGGGGCCCUCUCGACGAUCGCACCCUUCUCCAACGCCAGGGCCUGCCCACAAGCCGACAUGAACGGAUCAUCCUUCCGGAGACCGUCGUCCGUGCCCACGAAAUCCUCGGGCAACAACGUCGGUUCCUUCCUAACUCCACGUUCAAUCUGAUCGACCGCCCGGAUCAAAUCAUAGUUGAUCUCCUGGCUGAUUACCGAAUCAUGCUGGUACUUGGGAUGCUUCUGCACAAACUCCCUCAUCCACGUCGCCGUCGUGACCAAAGUACCAUCCGCGCGUCGUUUGAUCAAUUCUAG